AUUCUUCUACUGAUCUACUAUAUAGCUAUCCUUUUCCAAGAAAUCAAAUAAUCUCUCUGCUUUCUUAAUUUGGGUUUUCAACUUUUCAUGGCUUCCGCUUUUACUGUUCUCAGGCGGCUCUACCUUUCCAUCUACAAUUGGACCGUCUUCAUCGGCUGGUUUCAGGUUCUGUUUUUGGCUUUAAAGACUUUGAAAGAAUCAGGUCAUGAACAUGUCUAUAAUGCAGUCGAAAAGCCUCUCCUUGCAGCUCAAUCCGCCGCCGUUUUGGAGAUUCUUCACGGUUUAAUAGGUCUGGUUAGGUCACCAGUGUCAUCAACUCUGCCACAGAUUGGAUCAAGAUUAUAUUUAACAUGGGGAAUUUUGUGGAGUUUUCCUGAGAUUCGAACCCACAUUCUUGUUACUUCGUUGGUCAUCAGCUGGGCCAUUACAGAGAUUAUUCGCUAUUCAUUCUUUGGCAUGAAGGAGGCCUUUGGUUUUGCACCUUCAUGGCAUUUGUGGCUUAGGUAUAGCACGUUCUUGGUUUUGUAUCCAACUGGCAUCACCAGUGAAGUUGGCCUGAUAUAUUUUUCCCUGCCAUAUAUCAAGGCUUCUGAGAAGUAUUGCAUAGGAAUGCCAAACAAGUGGAAUUUCUCAUAUGAUAACUUCUACGCUGCAAUUCUUGCCCUUGGGAUCUAUUUCCCAGGCAGUCCGCACAUGUACCGUUAUAUGCUGGGGCAGAGGAAGAGAGCUCUUUUGAAAUCGAAAAAGGAGUGAAACACUGUCGAGAUUUGCACAGCAUUGUGAUACCAGAACUUUGUGCACGUAUCAUUUCAUUCUUUUCAGCAUUACUUUUGGGCUAAAAUGUUUGAGUUGAGUUUUGUGUUCAAUAUGACGAGGAUGGCGCAGCUACUGAAUUUACCAAAUUGUAGGUAAGUUUGGUGGUCUGCUCUGGGUAUCCUGCAAAUCUCUCUAGUUU